UGUAAUCUGUGUUGUUACAUAGGACUGCAGGUGACAUCUCUUCUUCUCUUUCAGAUGAGAGUCUCCGCACUAUGGUUUCCCGGCUCAUCCGUCUCAGUCACGUCGGCCUCCAGGUGUCGAGCCCCCAGAAGAUCAUCACCCACCUGGUGACCCGCUACAGAUUCACCCCGUUUGCCGCCCGCGGUCUGGACGGUGUCGCCCCCUGUCAGGUGGCGUUGAGAAGCGGCGCCGUUGUGUUCCUGGUCAGUGAUAUUUCUCCGGCCUCCUCCCUUCUCUAUGAUUCUGCUGUCCCUGUUCCGUCCCCGGAUUCUGCCUGUAACAUCAGCUUCGAGGUGGAGGACGUUCCGGGGCUGUGCCGGCAUCUGGUUGGUCAUGGCUGCCACCUGUUGGUACCGCCCACCCAGCUGCACAGCGAUGCCGGCCCCGUGUCCUACUGCGUGGUGAAGUCCGUCCUGGGGAACGUGCGGCACACGCUGAUCGACCGCUCCCGCUGCUCCGCAGCCUUCCUGCCCGGCUUCCAGCCCCUGGAAGAGGAGAACGAGGCCGGCUCCUCAGUGAACCUCAUGGGCGUAGAUCAUGUGACCUUUGCCUGCCCACGGGGGGCCACGCCGCAAGUGAUGGAUUGGUACAGACGCUGCUUCGGUUUCCAGCACUUUCCUCUCCGUAAAGGAGAAGACCCCAGCCGGGGGUUUGAGAUCAGUGGUCCCCAGAUCGGGCUCCGUCUCACCUCGGUGGAGUGUCGGGGGCGGGCGGGGGUGGGGAAGAUCGUCAUGGCGGAGUCCUUACCCCAGCAAGGCCUAAACCAGAUCGACCAGUUUCUCCAACAUCAUAAAGAGGGAGGGAUCCAGCACGUGGGGCUCCUGACCCCGGACAUCUUCCGCUCGGCGGGGGCCCUAACCGAUAGUGGGGUCCUCUUUGCCGGGCAGCCUCCGUCCUAUUACAGUGACCCCAAGAAGAAGGCGGAGAUCCUCCAGGCCGGGCUCACCCCACAGCAGCUCUCACACUUCGGGGUCUUGCUGGACUCCGCCCCCGAGGACCCGAAGCAGAUCCUCCUGCAGGUGUUCGCUGAACCUUUGUUCUCUAAGGACUCGUUCUACCUGGAGCUGGUGGAGCGGCGGGGGGCGCAGGGGUUCGGGGAGGGGAACAUCCGGGCGCUGUGGAAAUCAAUGCAACACAUGAUAGAAGACCUGAGCCAGAAAUAGCAGGAAGAAGGGGCCCUUACACAGUGAGUGGGGCCCCUAAUGUCUACGGGUGGAGAGGUAAAUACAAUAGAAAAUCCUCGCUCCAUGUUCCUAUUCCUGAUGAGCUUGUGCUUGUACACAGGAGCCAAGCUGAACAAGCAGAGCUGCAGUGUAAAGCACAGGGGAGCAACAGAACAGCAGCAGCCUGGGCCUCAUAUGUCAGAGCAGAGCUGCAGUGUAAAGAACAGAAGAGCAGCAGCCUGGGCCUCAUAUGUCAGAUAGAGCAGAGCUGCAGUGUAAAGAACAGAAGAGCAGCAGCCUGGGCCUCAU